UGCAAAUGAGUUACUCAGAACAAAGAGAUGAAGCUCAAGAGCAUACUAAGAUAAGUACAUUUCCGAAAGAAAACUGGAGACAGGCAUGAGCCAUGACAUCAAGGGCCCCCGGAUUGUCCACCAAUGGCCGAUCGUCUUUCUCUAAGCAGUCCCCGUCGGCGACCGACAUUUCCCAAAACAGGCGGCAUUCAAUCGCCGCCCCCAACUUUGUCUCCUCGUCGGAGUUCAGGCCGAGCCGUAAAUGGGGGUGGGUUUAACCGGGUUAGUUGAAUGCGAGGAGACAUUUCGAGGCCACCGCUCCGAACACUUCAUCUCCUACCGUCUUUUCUCUCUUGACUCUCCUUCACUUCUCCUCAUUUCUCUUCCCUCUCGCGGGUCGCAUUCGACAAUUGUAACAAGACCAAUUGCUACGACCCAAACGUCUCUUUGAUUAGCAAGAUGAGCAAGGUAUUUGACGCGGCGGAAGGUUUGUAUACCCCGGAAUUCCCCAUGCAGCGUACAAUUGUCAUCCCAAGAUAGAGUCACAGUCUUGAAACUAACUGAAGACCCUCAGUCGCAAAACACAACACUCCAGAGAGCUGCUGGGUAAUACUCUAC